AUGUGGUCUUGGGUGGUUCAAAAUCAGUUUGGUUAUGGACGUAUACCAGCAUCUAGCGCCUCUGUUGAAGGAGAAUUCAACAAAGUUAAAACACAUUUGUUGUCGGAUGUAACUGGUUCUCUACGUGCUGACGUAUUCGUCAAUAGACAUGUAGAUUAUCUUAGUGGUCGUAUGAAAAUAAUUCAAUCGAAAAUGGACAACGACGAUAAUGCGAAGAAGGAACUCAGCGGUGAACAUUCAUCAGUUACCGAGUCAGUAACUAACAUCCACUGUACAAGUGCAACGCAUGCGUCUGGCGCCAUUUCGGUGGACAGAGAAGAAAUAGCAGAGGAAGGCUCAUAUUCUGUAUGCCCUGCUUGUCAGAAUGAGGACAAACCCUCUGGGGCAGUUAUCCCCUAUAAAGACAGUGGGGAAGGUUAUGGCCAAAAGAGAAUUUGUCUCGAAUGCAAUAAUGUAGGUGGGACUUCUGUUAUCUUGGCCUCUAGAGAAGAAGAGAAUUGGAGGGGUUGGGCUAAAUCCUCCAAUCCCAGAAGAGCUGCAAAAUAUUUGCAGAAGAAUAAUAAUUACAAUUUGAACAAGCAGUUGACAAGCGACACCAAUUGCUCGUUAUCAAGAAUGGUAGCAACCUUGCUUUGA